GCGACUGGUUGGAGCUACCGUCUCAAGACCUCGAGACCUCUAGACCUCGGGACCUCAAGACCCCAUCGAAAGGAUACAAGUACCCCAAAUACCCACACAGUUGAGGAGAUUUUUGUCGGAGUGACGCCUUCCGUGCGGUUUUAUUUUGCAACGGACUUUCUUUCCAGAGCGGAAACAAUUUCGGUGUGAAAAUUUGCAUAAAAUUACCUCGCGAAACCAGCAAAGGAAACAAAGACGUUAGGGAAACCGAUUUAAAGCCUUUUGGGCAGUUCUCGAGCUUGCAAAGUGCGUGAGAAAGUUGUCGGUGGCCCGCGAUUUUACAUAACACCCGAAUUACCGUCGUCUCCGGGGAGGGCAGCAGCGGCUCCAUCUCAAUCUUAGUCUAAAAAUCUCGACCCGAAACCCGAUAAAUUUCCACGCUAGCACCCUCGUUCCAAAAUGCAGCCCCUGAAGCGUUUUACACAAUGCGGCAGCCUGACCAUGCUCUUCGGCAUCUUCAUCAUCCUCUUCGGGGUCAGCUCCACGGCACUGACCACCUUCGGCAAGACCAACAACGGGCCACCGCCCACGCACCUUCCAGUGGUGAAAGGACGCGAGUGCUCUGCCCAUGAUGACUGUACGGCGAUAGAUCGCACCAGCUGCGUCAAGGAUCCGAACGACUACAAGUUGCGUUGCCUCUGCGGCGAUGAUACUGCUCCUGCAGGUGGCAAUUGUCCAGAUGUCCUUAAAGGCCUGCGUCACAAGUGCAACAGCAACAACGACUGCGAGGACGGAAUGGUUUGCCAGUUCGAGAAUAGUAACCGCACCAUCGGCGUGUCCAAGUUCAUGUCCAGCAAGACCAAGCUGUGCCUCUGCGACAACGACAACGGCUACGUGGAGGAUAUCCUGCACGACAUCUGCAGCGGAGCCAAUCUCAAUGCCCUGGUCAACAUCCUGAUGUCGAUCUGUUCCCUGCUGGCGCCCUUCUUGGUCUCCGCCCAAAUGCGAAAGCAUUUCUAGGAGGCGACCGUACGAGGAGGAGGAAGAGGAGGAGUUCGGAGUCGUAGUUUGGCGUUUAUCUCCCCUAGUGAUCCAUCAAAUGUGCCUCAGUGAAACCAACAUAAACCA